AUGUUCCACUUCAGCGCGGGCCAACCAGGCGAUGAGCAACCUUCCGUCUUGAACGGUGCUAGGCCGACCUCGAGCCACGCCAGACCCGAAAAGCGUCAAAUCACCAGAAAUCGGACCAGCUACAGCUGCCUUACUUGUCGAAGGAGGAAAGUCAAAUGUGACAAAGUCCAUCCAAUCUGUGGAGGCUGUCAAAAGGCCGAUGUGGAUUGUCUCUACGGUCAGGAUGAUACGACGUCCACUUUGGUACCAUCCGAUCUACCAAAGGAAGCACCAGGACCAGUUUGGAAGAAGCGUAAGUCGAGCCUAGUGAGACAAGGCUCUUUCGGAACAACUACGGGAUCAGACGACUCUAGAUCGCCGGGCGACCUCAAAGCUAUCGAAGAGCAGCUGCACCGCCUGACCAAAAUGUUCGAGACGCUCCGACAGAGCAACGGAAACGAUCUGCGGCUGAAAGAGCUGCUUACACCUGAAGCGUCAACCGCAGAUUCAGGAUCUGAUGGAAUCCCACCAAGACCCAGCAUGAGUCUGGACAUGUUCCAAUCCAGCAAUCAUGGACCCGCGAGGGAACCCUCUGACCUCAGCAUGCCUCUAUCUGGCUUGAAACUGAGCAACGGCGAAUCAAAGGCAGAAGACCCAUUUUGGAUUCAUAUCUCAGACGAGAUUGAUCAACUCAAUCACAUGAUGCGACGCCGGGAUAAUACCUACGCAAGCUCGAUCAGCCCGGAGAACAAGCAGUGUGACAGGCCACGAGAGUGGAUCCCUCCCGUUGACGAAGGCCAUGAGCAAGAAGAAGACGACUUUGAGAAUCCAACUGAUUUCCACAAAGAAGCUGGAGAAAAGAUCCUGGAAACCCUCGAUCCGGACAGCCACUGCCCGAUAUGUCGGCCAAGGCCGUUUACCAAAUCUAGUCUAUUGCAAAGCCUCCCAAUCAAGUGCACUCCAGCGACCGCCGUACAGCAUUUGGUGCAGAGCCUUCCCACCAGAGCACAGAGUAAUGUCCUUUUCAGAUGCUGGCUAUCGGGAGUGUAUCCAAUUCUAGGACUUCUGCUUCCCUCAGAGGUGAGCAAGAAACACGAAGAAUUCUGGGAUGAGGUCGAGGGGAACGGCCUCUCAGAGUCAAUUCUCAAGGACUUGGACUUUUUAGCCGUCAUCCAUGCAAUAUGGUAUGCAGGGUCGUUAAGCAUAUCCACAAAGGGCCUUCGGCACUGGUUUCCUCACAUUUCGAGGGCCCAGCUUAGCACCCGUUUCCACGAUCAGGUGGUGUUCUGCCUCCUACUAGGCUCCUUCGCUCAGAAUGUCAGCCUGUACAAACUUGCGGCCUUGGUCCUCCUGCAAAGCAUGCCAAUAGCUGAAGAGGACCCUUUGCAGGGCAGUCUGUACCUGUCACUGGCGGUGAGGUUGGCGUUGACCAUGGGCUUACACAGAGAGCCCACUCUGUUUGAGCUGUCUGCAACUGAAGAAGGCAUGCGACGACGGCUCUGGUGGCAGAUUAUCCAGCUGGACAUUUCCCACGUUGUCGCAAGUGGCUACCCCUCCCAAAUAUCUGAAAGAUUUUGCGACACGAGAAUCAACUGCGAGGACAGGGAUGCUUAUAUGUCCGAAGACGGAUCCAUAAGCGCCGAUUCGGACAAGUCUCCGAAGAGUUCGUCCUCCUACAGUGCUACAUCGACUGGUGAAAGUACAAAUCCAAGAGCCUUUGGCACGCUGUCUCUUCUAGCAAGAGGAAAGUCCAUAAUGGCAUGUGCAACGCGAAGCGUCGUAGCCCUGCAUCUAGAAACGAAAAGGCUCACGAACGGCGACGUGCAAGAAAUGAAAAGGAUCAUGGGUGAAGCAGCAGAUCAAGUCAACGCAAUCAUAAAGUCGAUCCCCAGCAAAGGAGUGCCGGAAAUGGGAUUCUUUCCAGAUAUAACCAGAGAAGCACAGCAGCGUGCGCUGGAUACCGAUGUGCUGAUGAGCAGUCCCAUCACUUCAAAUGAUAUUGCGUACUACAAGACAUCUGUCAACAACACCGACCCUUCGUGGCCAUUAGCGGCUUAUUAUCGCCAGAAGCAGGCCGCCUACAACAAAUGGGCCCGAAUUCAUCUAUCAAUGUUGAUUGACAAAGUUCAUUGUGUUGCAUAUGCGCCAUUCCUGAAGAAUACGAAAAGCAAGUUGUGGGAUAUGGGCAGACAAUGCGCAUUGCAUAAUUGCCACAGCUUCCUAAGAAAAUUCAUCUCACUCGCAGCCGAUCCGGACCUGGAACCUUUCCGUUGGGGCUGGCCUGCGACUUACGGACCCCUCCACGCAGUUUUGAUAGUUCUUGUUGAUCUUUACGAAAGGCCUUCUAGCGUUGAGGCACCUAGGUCAAGAGAACUAAUCGACGAGAUGUUUGGGCUGGCUGCUCCUGGAGCUGGCAUUGUCGGCAGCGCCGAUGGCGUCACUGUUCAAAGACCGCUACGGGAGGGCGGCACUGAAGCGUGGGACAUGCUGCGUGGCCUUCGCUCAGCUGCCUGGCAAAGAGCAGGACUCGAUCCCACAGUCCUUUGGACAGAGGCUGAUCAAAUCGAGCUUGGCAUCGCGGACCCAUUGUCGGAUGCCCAAAAGAUUGCUCAGAGUAUCCGGGAAGAUUCGAUUUAUGACACCCCAACCCCGACUGCUCAAAUCCCUGCUUCAUGGACGAACGAUUCACAAGCAGAACAGCGGGUGAUGGAACAAGGUGUUAGAUAUAUUGUGCAGCUGGCCCGCAAAGAGCUCACAGGUGAAGUCCAUGACGCGCAAGGGCCCCUCUGCUCUCAAGCUAUGCGGAGCCAGUUGCGCCAAACUCUUGAAGGCGAUUCUGGGUCAAAUGGCGGUCGAGUACUGGCACGGCGUGAGGGCCAACCCAAAAUGCCAUUUCCACUCAGCAAACGCAUGCAGAAGUGCUCUGGUAAGGCAGCCGCCGGUGAUGCUGUGCCAGUCCACACUUUGCCUCUCCAUUCCCACGUACCCCGAGCAGAGGGGCAGACUCCCUCCUGUCCUACUCAGACAACGUCAUUCCAGGGCGGAUAUGAAGCAAAGAAUGGCACACAGACAAUGCAGCAAAAGUCGAAUACACCGGGUCAACAUAGCUGGGGAUAUGUGUCCGCAAACUCCGUGACUGGCACGCACCAGGAAUUACUCAGUGGUCAGCUAUCGAACCAGCACAUCAACGAAGCAUCGUACGCAAACGGGUAUGCGAAUGGUCACGGCAACGGACUAGCCGAUCACCAUGAUGAAGAGUCACACAAGGACCAGAGCUUUGUCUACACGGAGUUACACCAGGGUGACACGGAUAUGAACAUGGGCUUCGACUGGGAGCGCUGGGAUUCUGUGUUUGGGCAAUACUCUGGAUUCACGGAUUUAAUGGAGGAUGUGACAGCAUGGAGCGAAUAUAUCGAGUCGUGA